GUGUUCGUCAGAAGGAAGGGGCAGAUUGAGUGUGCGUGCUCUAAGUACCGUAACUCUGCUGGUUGUGAGAUCGUAGUCAUGGUACGGAGCAGCGGACUGUACGGCUAUAGGCCAAGGUGUCUCCAGUUUCUUUGGAGAUGGGAGCAGAUGUCAGGAGAAGGGCCUACGGUGACGGUCGUCCUGGACUACAGCUACGGUAGGCACCAGGCGAAACUGAGGGUAAACGUAGGAGGAAAAGAAGAGGAAAUGAGGGCAGACCAAUGCUUGCAGUUGGCGAUCACAGAGGCUAAGGAUAGAGCCGAAAGGAGAUGCAGGCGAGACGGGGUCACGGAUGAAAUCAAGGUGACCGUCUCGUACUUGGAGGCGGAAACCUCCACGGACACGGUAGAACGCGAGCAACAGCACCUGGACCGCGAUACUGAAGUUGAGAGUGACGCCAAUGACUUGAACGAGGAGACCCAGUCCUGGCAUGGGCUGGACCAGUGGCGGAGGGACCAUCCACCGGCUGGGCCUGUGGAGAGUGGUCCAGAGGCCAACUCGCGAUCGAGAGUGCUGGCUGAACAGGAAGGGAAGAAGUUGAGACUGAUCAAGUACAUGAGCAAAAAGAUGCCUUCAAAGAAGUUGGCAAAGUCCACCUACGAGAGGGAACUCUACGCUCUUUACAAGGCACUUGUCCACUGGAGGCACUACCUGUUAGGAAGGUUCUUCUACUUGAGAAUUGACCAUCAGACACUCAAGUGGAUUAAGAUUCAACCAGUUCUCUCAGAUGCACUCAAACGCUGGAUUGAAGUCACAGAUCAAUAUGAUUUCAAGCUAGACUAUUUGAAGAGAGAGUACAACAAUGUUGCAGACGCGUUGUCUAGGAGGGCAGAUUACCUAGGUGCGCUGAUUUUUGAGUUUGGUCAAUCUGAAGAUGUAACUCUAUCUUUAGAGGAAGCCUACAAGGAAGAUCCCAUCACGAUGGACAUCAUCAACAAAUUACAGGCUAAAGACAAGGCCACCACUGGUGAGUUUGUGGUGGUGGAUGGGUUGCUCUUUCUUGAGAAGGCAGAGUUCAAGAGGUCUGUCAGCGGGACAAGCCGCGGACUCGAGCUACUCAAGCCUUUACCCAUUCCUGCUGGCCCAGGGCAGAGUAUCUCCAUGGACUUCAUGGAUACUCUUGUGACCAGCAAGAAUGGCAAGAGGCACAUCUUCGUCAUAGUGGAUAAGUUCACUAAGUACGCUAGACUAAUCGCCAUGCCAGAGACWGYCAGGACUGAGCACGUCAUCAAGUUGUUCAUGGACAACUGGCAAAUGUCAGGAGAAGGGCCUACGGUGACGGUCCUGCUGGACUACAACUACGGUAGGCAAGAGGCGAAACUGAGGGUAAACGUAGGAGGAAAAGAGGAGGAAAUGAGGGCAGACCAAUGUUCGCAGUUGGCGAUCACAGAGGCCAAGGACAGAGACGAAAGGAGAUGCAGGUGAGACGCGGUCACGAAUGAAAUCAAGGUGACCGU